CUCACAUGAUUCACACCCCGACAAGUACAACGCAUGAACAGAAGAAAAACAACAUCUUCACACUCUCACACAUCCCGACACAUGAAAAACAGUGCAGUAUCCAACAUGAUUACUUGCAAUCCAUGAUAGUUCCAUUUCGCCUCUGGUUUUAUUUGUAAUCAAACGGUGCUCAUUCGUAACUCGAGACAGACUUUAAGCCAGGUCUAGGGUAUUAACCCUAACUUGGGAGUGCCUCCCCCGGCAGAGUGAAGUCUCCUUCUUCAUCAUCUUUUCUUAUUAUCAGGAUAAUUGAUGAUGCAAAACUGCUUCCUACGCCUAAAAGAGUCGCCACAGUAUGUGCAGUGCUGCACAGUGACAUUCGCUGUGAAACUGUAACACCACAUAGUGUGAGAGACUCAUCAUUAAUGCAAACUAAAUGAUGGAAUAUUAAAAAUGUUUUGCAAGUGCAGUGUAAUUGACCCGCGUCUUAUUAUUCAUGAUGUACUGUCUUACGCUGUUUGAGAACAAUUACAGCGCGUGCUGAUGCAAACAGGGACUAGGUCCCAGGUUUUAUGUAUACGCCAAAUUAUGAACGGCUCAAUGAUUAAUUUUUAUCAGAUGCCGGUUAUAAAAUGUGCAGGUUUGCUAUAUUUGACAUCUUGGACAUACACAACCGAGACUGGAACGGCGAUAUUUGGCAGGAUGGAGAGAACAGCAAAAGUUGUCUCAAGUUUUUAUUAAAAAAAAUUAAACAAUAGGAUAGAUUCAACUAUCGGACAUGAAUACCGGUACCAUGGAGGAAAAAUUAAUUAAUAAAUCUAUUUCAAGGUUCAAGCUGCAUACUUUUUCGAUAGUUGUCAAAUCUACGACUGCGCAAUUCAAGUAAAUACCAAUAAAUCGAGGUUUAUACUUAACAAAAAAUAGUCUUGCUCCCACUCGUUGGCAUCUUCAAUCCUCCAUAUUUGAAGAUAUCAGUAUAUUAUCUUGCAAAUACCCAACUGAAUGCCCUAUAAGACGUAUGACAAUCAAAGCAGUGAGCAAAGGUCAUCCCUUCACUCAUGUUAAUAUUUGAUCUACAAGAUUUAAAUCCCCGAUUACAAAACACAAUAACCUUGCAUGGGGCACAGUGAUCCACUUGAUUAAACAUUCUACCUCCAUGAUUGAACAUCUUAGAAUAGUCGUCUACGCGUUUACUCGUGGGAAGCAAAACACAUCAGGGUAAAACCAUGAAGUUCCUUCAUGUUCUGAUCGUGGUGCUCCUUGUCUUGUCACUACAUUUGGGCGAAUCAGAGUCCAAAAAACAACGUCGCAGUAGUAGUCGGAGGCGACCAACAAAACACCAUCAUGACAAAGUUACGACCAGCACAGCAGCACCAACAACAAGGGUUGAAACUAAGACACGGAAAACAACAACUGCGCCACAACAACCCAUGAUGAAACACAAACCCCAGUUCAACAUUAACGGUCCAGUACAGGAUGCCCCACCUCUUGCAGCAAGGGGGCGGCGGUAUUACGAGCGGGAGGCGGGUGCAGCGACUUUCGAGGCACCCCAUGAAGUUGGAAUCAGUUCUGUCAGAUCAAAUCGUAUGAGCGUAGAGGAGAAACUCAUACUGCUUGAAGCUCACAAUGACUUCAGAGGACAAGUCAGCCCUGCAGCUGCAGAUAUGGUCGUUCUUGACUGGCAUGAUGGUCUUGCAGACAUGGCCCAGUCAUGGGCUGAUGGUUGCUUCUUCGCCCACGGCGGUACAUCGAGUGGUGGACAGUUCGGUUGGAUUGGCCAGAAUCUAUGGGCCGGGAGCGGCACGAGCUGGGAUGUCUACGGUAUGGUGGAGAGCUGGUACAACGAGGUGCAGGACUACAACUACAACAACGGUAACUGCAAUGGUGUAUGCGGUCAUUACACUCAGGUUGUAUGGGCGGAGACUACAUUUGUGGGAUGUGCACUCAAAACCUGCCCGUUCAUUCAGGGCCUCUCUGGCUGGUCCCCAGCCACCAUUUUGGUCUGCAACUACGGUGAAGGCGGAAACUACGUGGGUAUGAAGCCAUACGUUAGUGGAGCACAGUGCAGCCAAUGUCCUGCCGGCUAUACGCAAUGUAUUGAUGGAGAAUUGUGCGCACGCCCCGACCAGGUGCCUGAUGGGGAAACUGUCGACGAACCUACCGAGACCGACACCCCAGACCAACCCGUGGAACCCGGACCAGGAACCGGUGAUAACGGGGGCAAUUCUGGUGGAGAUAAUGGCGAAAGUGGUCCCGAUCAACCAACUUAUUGUGGUGGGACUUUGGAGACAAAGUCGGGAGAGAUCGCGUCACCAAACUGGCCAGUCCCGUACAGCUCCAACUUAGAAUGUGAAUGGAUCAUACGGGGUAAAAGAGACCAAACAGUGACUCUUGAGGUAACUUACAUGGAUAUUGAAGCGGAGAGGCAGUGUGGUUGGGAUUACCUGCAGGUCAAACCAAACGGAGAAACAGGAGGGAGCACAAAAUAUUGUGGCAAUGUCACUCCAUCUCCAUUAACGUCGGAGGAAAAUGAACUCAGGGUAAUCUUCAAGAGUGAUGGUUCUGUUAAUAAGGGAGGUUUCGUAGCUUCGUACAGACUCAAUGGAGGCAAAGCAGAAACAGAUCCCGUUUGCGGUGGCAUUAUAACCGGAAAGAAAGGCAACAUUAAGUCGCCGGGCUACCCAAAAAACUACUCCACUGGUCUCAACUGUCUGUGGACUAUUGAGGUUGCAGAUAAUAAGCGUGUGAGACUAACCUUCCGAGAUUUUCAAGUCGAAGACGACCCGAUGUGCGACUACGAUAAAGUCACCAUCCGUCUUGGAAAUGAGAGACUUCCAAUGGUUUUAUGCGGUAACGAGAAGCCGAACGGGAAUCUGAUAUCAACAAGUAACAGAAUGGAGAUACAUCUGAUAAGCGACGGAGCGAACACUGCCAAGGGUUUCUCUGCAGCCUGGAAAGCCAUUUAAAUUAUAUCCAUAAGUAAUUAGCUUUGCAAGGUGUGAUGAAUAAACUAUACUAUACAAUACUGUUGCACACGUGUCCGGUGUUUUUGCAGUAAACCUACGCUGUUUUUCAUUAGCUGACUCCAUUAUUUUUAAAAAGCUUUUAAAAGUUAACACGUUUUCGUAGAAUUUAAAUUUUUAAUUGACAUUUUAAUUGAAACUCUUACUAAAGCCUAGCAGUAAUCUUGUUCAUUUCCGGUUGUAUUAAAAGGGAUAUUAUCGAACAAAAGUAGGCUGAGUGCACUAGUCAGGUUGUAUAUAAAGUUAUUUCUUUUUUAG